AUGCUGGAAUCCCUCAGAAUCCCCCAACCCGUGUACUGCGGCGAUCCCGCCACCGAUGGAUCUUUCGCCCAGUUUUCAAAGCUCAGAUAUUUGUCCCUGCGCUGCAACGGCCAUGCUACGUCUUGGAACAAAUUCGUGGUCUUGGGCAAAGAUGGCUUCCCAUCUCUCGAAAGCCUCGACUUGACGUUUGAGGUCAACCUGAUUCCAUCUCGACUGCGAGACAUUGCAUCAGCUCUUGCCUCAAGUCCUAUUUGUGAACUGACCCUGCAUCCACCUUACACUACCCAUCUGGAUCGUGCGCUCACAAGGGACAUCUUCCUUCCAUUUACCCGCUUUACUCGGAUGCAGAAAGUGCAUCUUCAUUGCGAAGGCGAGAUGAUCAUCGACGACUCCCAUAUUGCGACGCUGGCUACCGCGUGGCCGGACCUUCGUCAACUGACGGUGAGAGCAGACAACGAGCAGAAACGUCCAGCAUCGGGCGUCACUUUCAAAGGGCUUUGCACUUUAAUCCGCAACUGUCGUCAGCUGCACACUCUCUGUCUUCCCCUCAACCUAGACAAGGACGCACUGAAGGACGUCUCUGGGUCUGAGCUCCCGCGCAACUACCUCGUCACGCGUGUGGACAUCUGGGAUUCGGACCUUGCGGACACAGAUCACGUCGCGCGUUGCUUCUCGCAGAUGUUUCCGCGGCUCGAAAGAAUCGUUUGCAUUGAUAAUCGUUGCGACAACAAGGCGUGGGCUACGGUCGAGAAGCUAGUGCGACUCGUCACAUUGCGAUGAGGGUGAUGGAAGAUAGGCAUGGCAGGUGGACUUCGUUAGGUUUGGUACGUCUAUCUGUCGAGCCGCCAAGGCUUGCAAGGAAGACUGCGAUCUGAGUAAGUGGUGGUGCAGAAGGGUGGCGCGUGUCCGAUGGUGUCCGAUGCCGCAGGAUGUGACUGGGGGAGAACGUGGCCGAUGACGAGGAUCAUAUAACGUGCACAGAAACUCCGAUCAGAUCUCCGUCCCACGUACGUAUGUUCUGCCCCUGUUCUUUCUCCCGAAGGAGUCCGCAGCGCGCUUCAGUUUGUAAAGCAAGUCACGGGCUCCCGUCGACCACUGAAGUACUGACUGAUGGUCGUCCGCGCUCGGAACACUUCUCCGCGGCUUGACGUUGUCGAGUACUCUCGGCAUGCGUGCUGCAUACGACUGCC